AACAUACUUUAGAAGAAGACACUGAGGAAAACUGAGAUGAAAGAAUCAUGGAGGGAGUUGGUAUAUGAAGUCAAAGUGUACCCUUUUCACUUUUCUUCUUUGACUCGAACUCUUUUUCAUUUCAAAGGUUUGCCAGAUGAAAGCGUAGAUGUGGUUAUUGCAGCUCAGUGUUUUCACUGGUUCGCAAACCUAUCCGCUCUUAGAGAGAUUCAUCGGGUACUGUCAACAGAUGGGAGUUUUGGUAUGAUUUGGUUCCUGCCUGAUUUUUCCCUGCCUUGGCUAGCAGAAAUUUGGGCGUUCUUGGACCCUUUUUUUAAACAGCAGUCCGUAGUCUUACCCUUCAAUGAGAUGUGGAAAAAUGUGUUCGACACAUCUCCUAGGAAGUUGUUCACCAAUGUGGACGAAAAUUUGAGCUAUCGUCUAGAUUUACCGAGUUCUUUUGAAGACUGCUACGAGUUCUUUGCGUCUUUUUCUGUUAUAAUCAACAGCAGUGAGAGCAUCAAGAAGUCUUUUCGAGAGCUGUUUGAUGAGAUAAAAAGAAAGUACUUCAUUAACAAAAGAACUGGACUUGAUCAUAUUCCAUUUAGAAUAUACAUGUAUUGGUGUACCAAAGAAGCUAGCAGAUAGAGCGCACAUUAUGCCGAUUUAUAAUAUAUACCAGAGACUAAUUAUCUGUCAGUGCGUGAGAUGCAAGUUACCGGUCCUAUCCUAGACGGAUAAUUCAUGGAUAUUUAAGUUUGGUGUGUAAACAAAUUAUGGGCGAAAAUUCGUCUUAACUUCGAUUGAAUCGUCAGAGGCCGAUGAUGUUCUCUAAAUUCUGGUAUUUGUAUAAGUUUAAGCAAAGCGUAGGGUGACGGCAUCAAGAACGUCAUAAAAAGCAAUAGGUUCAGGGCUCGUCCACGCGUACUCGGAUACGUUAAAAACGGAGAUUUUUUCUCUUUCAUCAUCUGCAUGUACAGCAAGACUCAAGACUCCAGACUAUUCCAAAUAAUAAACCAGUCUAAAUUUAGGUUAGAAAGGACUGAGAUUCCUGGUACAGUUACACUAAGCAUUCAGAAUAGAUAAUGCUCGUUACACAUGCCUCCAUCUUGUUCCGAAAUAGUUACAAAGGGUAGUGAGAGCAAACUCCAAGAAGCUCUGGAUGACCUUUCGAGACAAGCGAGUCUCGAUGGGUUCCAACUGAAAGAGGCCAAGUGCAAAGAACUUCGAAUUGGAUUCUCCGACAGCAACCACGAUUUUGAACCCAUAGUCCUAAAUGGCAAACCCCUUGAAUCAGUCACCAGUGCCAAAUUGCUAGGCGUGACCAUUAGCCACGAUUUAAAGUGGAACAUGCACUCCUCUGAACUAAUUAGAAAAUGUUCCUCUCGUCUCUAUUUUUUACGUCAACUCAAGAGAUCCGGAGUGGCACCAAGUGAACUGGUGCAAUUCUAUGUGACAUGUAUUAGGCCCGUCCUGGAAUACGCAAGUCCUGUAUUCCAUUGUUCCCUACCAAACUACAUCAGUGAAGAUUUGGAACGGAUCCAAAGAAGGGCUUUCAGAAUCAUCCAUCCUGACCUGUCAUAUAGUGUAGCACUAGAAACAGUUGGCCUACCGAAACUUCAUGAGAGGAGAGAAAAGAUUUCAAUCGAUCUGUUUGACGAGAUCGUCUGUAACCCCACCCACAGUCUCCAUAGCCUCCUCCCCCAAAAGGAAGAGUUGUAAAUAUGCUCUGAGACGCAAAAGUGAUUUCACUCUCCCUCUAUGUAAAACCGAGCGUUUCGAGAAAAGUUUUAUUUUUAGCCAUGUCUAUAAGAUGUAGAUAAUUUUUCUUAUUUUCUCUUUGUUAUCAUCAGUACUUGUAAAUAUCCCGUAAUUCAGCCUAUGGCUGCAAUGGUGUUUAUAAUAAAGUAUCUAUCUAAAGUAUCUAUCUAUGUUGUUCAAUAGGCACUAUCAUAGGGAGGCUUGAUACUUACAAACUGCUUACAAUUUGUAAGGUACACGCAUAAUUCACCAUAACCAGCUCUUGAUGA